AUGGAUCCGGAAGCUAAGAAACAAAAGCUUAUCACAUCAUCAGAAAUCGCAAGUCCCCUCUCCCUCAAAGAAGAACAACAAGAAGAGAAGCAAAAGGUUUGUGUGGUCAAAGCGAUGAAUAAGCAGAACGACGUCGCUAUGUUCCUUACGGGGAAAGUAAUCUCCGCCGUAGCCAGAAACUCAAACUUCGUCUUCUCUCCGGCAUCGAUCUUCUCCGUACUAACCAUGGUUGCUGCAAGCCCCGUAGUAGAGAUAUUAAGAUCCUUCAUCUUCUCCUUACUUAGGGCUUCCUCAAUCGAUGAGCUCUUCGCCGUUUUCCACGAGGUGGCUACAGUCGUCCUCGCCGACGGAAGCGAGAGCGGUUUAAGAUCCGUUAGAAGCGACAGGGACAUGAUAUAUGGAAACGCAUUGUACUUCAAAGGAGCUUGGGAACACAAGUUCCCAAAAUAUUUGACAAGAGACAAAGAGUUUCACCUUCUCAAUGGUACCUCAGUCUCUGUGCCUUUCAUGAGCAAUAGUAGGAUGCAAUACGUAAAGGUUUACGAUGAUUUCAAGGUCCUUAAACUCCCAUUCUGA